UACCCUGGUAACGCUGCUGUGCUCGGCGGUGGGUGCCUUGUUUUACAAAUUAUAUUGAAGAUAAAAUUAGUUUAGCUGUUGAAUGGAGGUCAGAUUAAACUACGUUUUUUUAAUUCCAUGAAGAUGAGUUUCGAGGCAAAGCGAUGCGGAGUACAGUUCAACCCUCCUUCAAUCAUUUUAAUUUAUGUCCACCCGGACACAAAAAAUAUGCGAAAAAGAAUCAUACCAGUUCGGAACUUCUCCAAAUAUUCUGACUGCAACAAAGCUGCUGAAAGGCUGAAAAACCAUCCAAGACACAGAGACUAUCUGAAUGAAGUGCCCCAGAGCCAGCUGGAGAAACUUCACAUCGUCCUACGAGAUCACAUGCAGGGCUUCAGCCUGGAGCACAGCCUGGCCUCAUUUCACCUGGACCCCGAGGAAGACCUCAACAAACUGGAUGAUGAGGAACUAGCUCGUAAGAAGAACCAAAUGGACAAAAUGUUUGAGAAGAACCGGAAGCUCAAAGAUGAUCCAGACUUUAUUUAUGACGUGGAAAAGCAGUUUGACAGAAAGACCCAAGAGAAGUGCAGCUGGGAUGACGAGUCAGAGGAUGGAUUUUAAAGCUGUCUGCUGAUUCUAUAAAUAUCUGACAUAACUAAGGUUGACAAAACUUUUGUUAAUAUGAACCAGUUGUUACAUUGGUAAGUUGCUUUUUCUAGCAGGGCUGUCAAACUCACAAAAGGGGCCAAAAUUCAAAACCUUUUCAAACUAUGGGCCAUUUCAGAAUCUACAUUAACUCCACUCAGAUACCCAGCAUCUUAUCUU